AUGAGCGUGCCAGUACACAGUACGACGACAAGCGCAGCAGUAACAUCAAAUGUUCUACUUUCUGGCGCAGCACAACCCGGUGUUAUAAUGUCAACGCCCAAAAUCAACACUGUUGUUACAACACUGACACCGCCAGCACCACUUCCCAAUUUACAGUUCCCAACACUCGAUAUAUCGCAGAAUUCGGAGGCUAAAAAAUCUAAAGGUGGAGAUGUUAUUCAGCAUCGUGUCCCCUAUCCAGCGCCUGCUGCUGUUACGUCAAAUAAAGAAUCGACAACAGUACAAACGGCGACUGCUAAAAAAGACACACGUGUCACUUAUGCGUAUCAGCCUGGCAAAACGUAUCGAACAAAGCGUGUUUUUAAGGUAAUAAUAUUGGGCGAUGCUGGAGUUGGAAAAACUUGCCUCAGCUUUCGUUUUUGCAAUGGAAGGUUUCCGGCACAAACAGAAGCUACAAUUGGAGUGGAUUUCCGAGAGCGUUCGGUUGUUAUCGAUGGCGAACUCAUAAGAGUGCAACUGUGGGAUACAGCCGGGCAGGAGCGUUAUCGGCAAUCAAUCGUUUCACAUUACUAUCGAAAUGUGAAUGCAGUGGUAUUUGUCUAUGAUGUAAGUAAUCCUUCAACGUUCAAAUCACUAACCGACUGGAUCAGCGAAUGCCGUAAACAUUCCGUAUCAUCUACGAAUGGUACCCCACAUAUACUGAUUGGUAAUAAAUGUGAUUUAACACCGGAAAACAGAGUGAAAACAGAUGUUGCCCAGAUGUUUGCUGAUCAGAACGAUAUGGCUUUGUUCGAAACAUCAGCUUUAGCGGACACAGAAUCGGAUCACGUCGAAUCGAUUUUCAUGACCCUGGUCCAUAAGCUGCAACAGAGUAAACCAAUGCAUGUACAGAGUGAUGAAGAAAGGGCACAAAAGGAGCAGAGGCUACUGUUAAAAGCAGCUGAAGCUAGCAAAGAAGCCGACGAGAACGGAUGGUGCUGUUGA